AUGACCAGGAUGGGGCGGUGGCACGUGGUGCUGGUCGCGCUGGCGCUGCUUACCGGCGCGGGCGCUAGCGCCGCCGCCGAACAGAUGCAGUCUCGUGCCGUCGACACCGGUGUAGACCUUCGUGUACCCGAGGCUCAGCCUAUUGGAACUAUUGUCGGAAGAAUCCCUACAAAACCCGGCUUUACGUAUCGCUUUAAUGAACCACCAAAAGAGUUUAUUCUUGAUCCGAUGUCGGGAGAGAUAAAGACGAAUUUAGUUCUCGAUCGCGAAAAUGUAGAUCGUUAUGCGUUUGUUGUUCUUUCGAGUCAUCCCACCUAUCCUAUUGAAGUGAGACUUCGUGUAACGGACGUAAACGAUAAUUAUCCAGAAUUCCCAGAACCCGUAAUAGCUGUAGCGUUUUCCGAAAGUGCGGCUCCGGGUACUAAGUUAUUGUUAGACGCUGCUACCGACAAGGACUUGGGUGAAAAUGGCAUUGCUAAUGAUUACAGAAUAGUAGAUGGUGAUAACGACGAAAAAUUUCGUUUAAAUCUAACAGUUAACCCGAGUGGGCAAACUUCUUAUUUGCAUUUAGAAACUACGGGAAAGCUGGAUAGAGAAACCACAGAUUUUUAUAUUUUGAACAUAUCAGCGCGCGAUGGUGGAAAUCCACCGAAAUAUGGAUAUCUUCAAGUAAACGUUUCUAUUUUGGACGUUAAUGAUAAUCCUCCUAUUUUUGAUCAGAGUGACUUCUCUGUAUCACUUAAUGAAAGUGUACCCCCGGGAACAACAGUUUUAAAAGUAACUGCUACAGAUAGUGAUUUAGGUGACAAUAGUAAAAUAACCUAUGAAGUAACGGAGACCGAAAAACAAUUUGCAGUUGACCCUGAAUCCGGUGUAAUAACAACGGUUAAAAAACUUAAUUGUCCAAAGUAUUGUAGUAAUACAACGUGUAAUAUGACUUGUGUGCUAACCGUUAUAGCAAAGGAUCAUGGGAUUCCACGCCAAGAUGCAAGAACGUAUGUCACCGUUAAUCUUAUAGACGCAAAUGAUCAUGAUCCGGUUAUUACUUUUACUUAUGUGCCACCAACAGCGAGUUUUGCUACUGUUGAUGAAAAUGCAAAAAAUGGAUCAUUGGUAGCUGCCAUUACAGUUACCGAUUUAGAUGCAGGUCUAAAUGGUAGAACAAGUGUGAGUAUCGUAGCAGGAAAUGAAUUAAAUCACUUUCGAUUAGAAAACUCUAGUAGCGUUUACAUUGUUCAUGUAAAUGGCAUUUUAGAUAGGGAAGAAAUAAGUAAAUACAAUUUAACAGUUGUUGCUACUGAUAAAGGUAUACCUGCACGGACUGCUACUUCGUUCCUUGUAAUUCAUGUUAAUGAUGUAAAUGAUCACGAACCAGUAUUUGAAAAAUCAGAAUAUUCAACGGUAUUAAGUGAACUUGCACCUUCUGGAACUUAUGUAGCUGGUAUAACAGCUACUGAUGAAGAUUCUGGUGUAAACGCUGAAAUUUAUUAUGAUUUUUAUGAUGGAAAUCAACAACAAUGGUUUUUAAUUGAUCAUUUUACUGGUUUGGUAACAACAAGAACCGCUUUGGAUAGAGAAAUUCAAGGAACAGUUGAAUUAAAUGUGUCAGCAAGAGACGGUGGGCCAAAUCCUAAAUGGGCUUAUACUAGAUUAAAAAUUACAAUAUUAGAUGAGAACGAUGAAGCACCGUCUUUUCCACAAACACAAAUUAAUGCAACUCUUCAAGAAAAUAUCAAACCUCUGAAAGAAAUACUUAUAAUAACUGCUUCCGACUACGAUCAAGGAACCAACGGUUCAGUGUCAUACUAUUUAUCACCUAGUGUAGAGAGAAAAUAUCCAAACACUUUUACAUUAGACGCUAUAACGGGUCAAUUAAGCGCUGCUACAGAAUUAGAUAGAGAAAAAAUACCAUUAUAUGAAAUUCAAGUGAUUGCUAAAGAUCAAGGAUAUCCACCGCAGUCAUCAACAGCAACAGUAUUUCUUAAAGUUCUUGAUGCAAAUGACAAUGAUCCUGUAUUUUACCCUCAAAGAUAUUUUGAAAGUAUAAGAGAAGACGCAAUUCUUGGAUCGAAGAUACUCAAAGUAAAUGCAAUUGAUUUAGAUGAAGGUGAAAAUGCGAAAGUCGUAUACAAGCUUGAAAGUGGAGGUGACGGAUAUUUUGAUAUUGAACCAAUAACUGGUAAUAUUAUCUUACAAAAAGACUUGCGUAAUUCACCGAAAGAACUGUAUUCUUUGCGCAUAUCGUGUAAAGACAAAGGUAAUAGACGAGCUGUGGAAGAUGCAUUUAUUGAUAUAAUUAAAACUUCGCACUGGAAAAGUCUGGAAUUUGAAGGAUAUAAUGGUUACAACUUCAAAAUAGUUGAAGAUGAAGGAAAUACAAAGUUUCAACACGGUCGUUUUGUUGGUAAAGUUACUACAAGAACAUUAAUUGAGUCAGUAUCGUAUUAUAUAAUGGAAGGAGAUCAAAAACAUGUUUUUAAAAUAGAUGAAAAGGCUGGAACAAUAACAACCGAAUCCAACGUUGAUCGUGAAGAUAAAAUGACCUAUCAUUUGAAAAUUAUGGCUAAAAGUGGACAAGCUUUUGGUUUUACGACUGUAAAUAUUUCGGUGUUGGACAUAAAUGAUAAUUACCCAUAUUUUAUUGAAGGAAAAGAUGAUGUUCGCAUUCCAGAAAAUAUGGCAGUAGGACAGGAGGUGUAUUUUGCCAGGGCCACUGAUCGUGACUCAGGAUCUAAUCGGACUAUUUCUUACGCUUUAAGUUACAACCCUGAUGAUAGUUUUAAAAUAUCUGAGACGACGGGUGUAAUAUAUUUGAAUAGAGCUUUAACAAGUGAACCUGGUACUGUUUUAUCCGUCGAAGUUACAGCUUCUGAUGCUGGUAGACCUGUUCUUGCUACAAAACAUACGAUUACUGCUAUUAUAGAAGAUGUAAAUGAUCAUACUCCCGUAUUUGAUCAUACAUCCUACGAAACCUCUUUGUUAGAGUCGACAUUAGUCAAUACUAGGUUCUUUUCAAUAUCCGCUUCAGAUGCUGAUUUGGGGCCAAAUGGUAGAAUAUCGUAUUCAAUCACUGAAGGAAAUAUGGAUGGAAAAUUUGGGAUUUUUCCUGAUGGUUAUCUUUAUGUAAAAAAUCCACUUGAUAGGGAAGAAAAAGAUUAUUAUUCGUUAACUAUAACAGCGUCUGAUUAUGGCAAACCACCAAGAUCGUCACAAGUUCCGAUUGUUAUUCACGUUUUAGACGAAAACGAUAACAGUCCACAGUUUACCAAUACAACAUUUAUAUUCAAAAUUAAAGAAAACGAGCCUCCUGAUACUUUUGUUGGUAAAUUGACAGCAACAGACAAAGACAUAGGGCGUAAUGCAGAACUGACAUUCAGUUUACCUAUUGCUCAAAAUGACUUUAGAAUAGACUCGAGGAAUGGUUUCAUUAAAACAUUAAAAUCUUUUGAUAGAGAAAACUUAGCUCAGAAUUCUGGUCAAAAUUAUAUAACAUUAACGGUUACAGUUAGUGAUAACGGUAAGGUUCAGUUGUCAGACUCCGUAAGAGUAACCAUAUACAUUACGGAUGUCAAUGAUAACGCACCUAUAUUCGUGCGAACUCCAUAUGCCGUUGAGGUUUCUGAAGGUACUGCGGUAGGAGCUUCUAUUAUGAGAGUUUAUUCUUCAGAUGCCGAUGAAGGUCUUAAUGGAGAUAUAUAUUAUAAAUUAAUAGGAGGAGAUGAUAUGGGCAAAUUCAUGCUAGAUGAAGCUACUGGUCAACUAUUUAUUAACAAACCUUUAGAUCGUGAAUCCGUUGAUCGUUAUCUACUUACAAUAUUGGCGCAUGACUCCGGUCAAGACGUACGUCUUUCUUCUAGUACGACAAUAAGUGUAGAUGUACUUGAUGAAAAUGACAAUGUGCCGUUAUUUACUCAGACGCAAAUGAAAGUUUCAGUUAUAGAAACGGAACCAAUAAAUAAGAAAAUUAUACAAUUUCACGCAACUGAUGCUGACUUAGGUAUAAAUAAGGAAUUGCAAUUUUCUAUUUCUUCGGGAAAUAGGAAAGAAACAUUUUUUAUUGAUAGCUAUUCUGGAGAGCUCUUUCUACAUAAGCAUUUAGAUUACGAGGACUUAACUUCUUAUGUAUUGAAUAUAACUGCUACAGAUAAUGGAAAUCCUAGUCUUUCAUCGAGUAUUUCGUUUAUAGUAAACGUCAUUGACGCAAAUGAUAAUGCACCAGUAUUUACUAAUACUGCUAUUGUUAGACAAAUAAGAGAAGGAAUUCCGACUCAUACUCCUAUUGUUACAGUAACAGCCGAAGAUCCCGAUUCUGGUUUGAAUGGUAAAGUGUACUACUCAAUUACACACCAGGAUCCAAAUGAUAGUAGAAGGCAUUUUGCAAUUAAUAAUAUUACAGGUGUCAUACAUACUUUAUUACCCAUUGAUAGAGAAAGCAUUGACACAUUUAGAAUUACCGUUGUAGCUUAUGACAGAGCCGAACCACCUUUUGCAAGAUUAUCUGCUGAAAAACUAGUGACUGUUAUUGUAGAAGAUAUAAAUGACAAUGCACCUAUCUUUGUUUCGAUGAAUGCUGCUGUAAUUAAUUCUGCAAGAUUAGGUCGAAGUAUGAGUCAUGGAAUAUUCAUUAUGAACGUUUUGGCUCGUGAUCUCGACUCGGGAACGAACGGAUUGGUUACUUAUAAAUUAAUUCAUGGUAGUAACGAUAUAUUCGAUUUACAUAGAAGCAAUGGUGCAUUAACGUUGCGAUACCCUCCCGUGGUCCCGGACGCAAGAUGGAAUCUUGUCAUUAAAGCAACGGACGAAGCUGUGUUAAGUGAGCAGAAAAGUACGGAAACUUACGUGAGUGUUAUAAUGGGUGGAAUGGAACUAGAAGACAUAACAUGGACAAAUGUAGGAUCUAUUAGUGUGUCUGAAAAUGAACCAGCUGGAACGCCUGUGUUGAAUUUAACUAAUAACUAUAAAGGGGGAUUAGAGUAUUAUAUAGUGAAUGUGACUGGUGAUAACAAACAAGUGGACAGAUUAUUUGACAUAGAUUCCUCAUUAGGGAUCUUGUCAACUGCAAUUUCAUUGGACAGAGAAGCUGGCGUUGAUAGAUAUGAAGUUGAAAUUUGUGCUGUAUCUUCGAGUUCCCCGCUGAAAUCAACGAAAACUAAGGUGGAAGUCGUUAUUUUAGACAAGAAUGAUAGUCCACCGGAAUUUAAAAACAUUCCACCGGCAUAUUACGCAUCGGAAGACUUGGCGCCUGGACAACUUAUUGCGACGAUUAUCGCUGAAGAUCCAGAUACCAUAGGAACUAUCACCUACAGUAUACACUCCGAAGAAUCUACGCCCUUCGCGUUAGAUGCCAAAAGCGGACAGUUAACGCUCAAAGAACCACUUGACCGGGAGACAAUAUUGGAAUACCAGGUGGUUAUUAGAGCUGAUGAUGGAGUGCAGUUUACUGAUGUCACAGUUGUUGUUCAGGUAACGGAUACAAACGACAAUCCACCCGUCUUCGAGGAGAGCUCUUAUUCAUUUGCCAUACCAGAGAAUGCUGCAAGAGGUUCCGUGGUAGGAACCGUAUCUGCUAUAGACUUGGACUCCGGGCCUAAUGCUCAGCUGAUCUAUACUGUCAUAUCGGACUGGGCUAACGAUGUUUUUUCACUGAAUCCACAGACCGGAAUAUUUACAUUGACAGCGAGACUUGACUAUGAAGAGACUCAGCACUAUAUACUCGUUGCUCAAGCCCAGGACAAUGGCCAUCCAUCUUUGUCCGGCACUGUAACAGUCUACAUUAAUGUCAUCGACCUGAACGACAAUGCACCAAUUUUUGAUCCCAUGAGUUUCUCUAAUGAAAUUCUCGAAGAUGUGCCAAUAGGUACGUCGGUAGUCACUGUUAGUGCAACUGACAUGGAUUCAGGGCUAAAUGGGAAACUGGUAUAUACCAUAUCAUCUGGGGAUGAAAACCACGACUUUACAAUUUCACCAAACGGAACAAUCUUUACUGCAAAGUCACUUGAUCGAGAAACACUCCCAUUAUACAAUUUGAUAGUUACAGCUAAAGAUUUAGCUAAACCGCCUGAGCCGCAGCUAUCAUCGACUGUCCAGGUAACAAUACAGUUGAAAGAUGUGAAUGACAUGGCUCCUGAAUUUACUUCCCCGGCAAGAACUGCUAUUUCUGAAAACAUUCCUCUCAACACUGUUAUUAUGACGAUAAAGGCGAUUGACAAGGAUGAAGGUCGUAACGGAUAUGUGGAAUAUUUUAUGGUUUCAAGUCCAGAUGUAAAUGGAUAUUUCACAUUAGGAAAUGUAGAUGGAGUUCUACGGGCAACAGGAAAGCUCGAUAGAGAACAAAAAUCAAAUUAUACGAUAUCUAUCACGGCGAAAGAUCGAGGAGAUCCACCUAAUACCACUAAAGCCAAAAUUUAUAUAAAAAUUCUCGAUGAAAAUGAUAACAGUCCGGUGUUUGAUCCGAAACAAUACAGUGCUUCAGUCCCUGAAAAUGCGAGCAUUGGAGCGAGCGUGUUACAAGUUUCGGCAACGGAUAUUGAUGAAGAUGCUAACGGAAGGGUAAGAUAUUCUAUAGCAUCUGGGGAUGAAAAUAGAGAUUUUAGUAUAAGUGAAGAUACUGGUAUUGUUCGAGUAGCAAAAAACUUAAACUUUGAAAGAAAAUCUCGUUACGUUUUGUUAAUAAAAGCAGAAGAUUGCUCUAAAGACGAUGUAAAAUUUGAUACAGCUGAAUUAUCGAUAUCUAUUCAAGAUAUAAACGACAAUCCACCUACGUUUUUAGAUUCACCUUACUUAGCUUAUGUAAUGGAAAAUGUUAUUCCACCAAAUGGGGGAUAUAUCUUAAAAGUUCACGCCUAUGAUGCUGAUUCACCACCAUUUAAUAACCAAGUUCGAUACUUCAUUAAAGAAGGCGACGGCGAUAUUUUCAAAAUUAAUGCUUCUUCUGGACAGAUAUCAUUACUAAGAACAUUAGAUCGCGAAGCUCAGGAAGAAUAUACACUUUCUCUUGUUGCAAUGGAUACAGGUUCACCACCACUUACCGGAUCGGGUACUGUAAAAAUUGUAGUUCAAGAUGUAAAUGACAAUAGUCCUGAUUUUCAAAGACAAAGUUAUAAGACAAGCGUUAAAGAGAACUUACCUCCUGAUACCGUUAUAUUACAUCCAAAAGCAGUUGAUAAAGAUUUUGGAAAUAAUGCAAAAAUAAGAUACAGUCUUCUGGGUGAUAAAUCAGAACGCUUUAAAAUUGACCCUGUAACUGGUGAAAUUUCAACAAACGCAACAUUAGACAGAGAAGACUCGGACACUUACUAUUUGAUAAUUAUGGCUCAAGAUUCGUCAACCACAGACCCUAGAACUGCAACUGCUAAUCUUACUAUUAUAGUAGAAGACGAAAAUGAUAAUACUCCAUCAUUUCCACAAACGAUGUAUGAAGUUUAUAUUUCUGAACGCACCAUGCCUGGGGAUUUUAUUUUCGGUGUGAAAGCAAAAGAUAUCGACAUUGGUCUUAAUAAGAAAAUAAAUUACGAUUUGAAAGGUGAUCACCAAAGUUUAUUUAGUAUAAAUAAAGACACAGGAGUUAUUAAAGCAAAAGAAAACCUGUUAAAAUAUAAAGAUAAAAAUCUGUCUACAUUUAAUCUAGUGAUAGUAGCAACUGAUAGUGGAAUACCAUCAAGACAAAGUUCAACAGAGCUAAUUUUGAUUCCAAAAUCUGGAAAAAAUUUCCCGAAAUUUACAGUAAAUAAUAAAUUAACCUUUUCAUUUUCCGAAGACACACCUGAAGGUGUAUUAGUAACAAGACUUUCUGCAACAUCACCAAAGAAAAGACCUACGGGUUUGUUACAAUAUUCUGUGGCUGGAGGUAAUGUCGGUGAUGCUUUAAGAGUAGAGCCAAUGAGUGGAGAAAUUUUCAUAACAGGUAAAGGUCUUGAUUACGAAACGAUGCCGUUAUAUGAAGUUUGGUUUGAGGUUAAAGAUUCUGACAAUCCACCCCUAAAAUCUUUUAUCGAAAUUGAAAUCAAAGUUACCGACUCUAAUGACAACGCACCUGUCAUAGAAAAUGCAUUGUAUAAUGCAACAGUUCCCGAAGAAGAAUCUCCUCCUCAAUCUGUAAUAAAAAUAGAAGCACAUGAUGAUGAUUCUAAUGAAAAUGGACGAAUAUCUUUUCGACUUGUUAAUGAUUAUGAAGAAACUUUUGUAAUUGAUUCUGAAAGUGGAGAAAUUUUUACAAAUAUUGCACUAGACAGAGAAUCAAUACCUUUUUACGAAAUUUUAGUUGAAGCUGUUGACCAUGGUGUACCACAACUAAUAGGAACAUCGACAGUGCUUGUAUCUGUACUAGAUAAAAAUGACAAUCCGCCAAGAUUUACACGACUCUUCAGUGUUAACGUUACAGAAAAUGCUGAAAUCGGAUCAUUUGUUAUAAGAGUUACCAGUUCUGAUUUGGACAUAGGGUCAAAUGCUAAUGCUACUUACAGUUUUGUUGACAACCCUGGUGAAAAUUUUGUCAUAGACCCUAUUACUGGCAAUGUCACUGUCGCACGAUCUUUAGAUAGAGAAUUACAGGAUGAAUAUAUUUUAAAAGUUGCAGCUAUUGAUGGAGCCUGGAGAUCAGAAACUCCUCUAACAAUCACAAUACAAGAUCAAAAUGAUAAUGCACCGGAAUUUGAAUAUUCUUAUUACAGUUUUAACUUCCCAGAAUUACAAAAUAAGAACAGUUUUGUUGGUCAAGUAAUAGCUAUAGAUAAAGACAAACAAGGUCCUAAUUCUAUUAUAUCUUACUCUUUACAACAAACUUCUGACCUUUUUACAAUAGAUCCAGCUACUGGAGAAAUACUAAGCAAAUUUAUAAUGAAUUAUAAAAGAACCUCUACAUCAGUGAAUUCGUCGCCCGAGAAUACAUACUCUGUCAUUGUUGUAGCAACUGAUAAUGGAAAACCACCAAUGUCAUCAGAAUGUUUGGUAACUAUCAAUGUUGUGGAUGCCAAUAACAAUAAACCGAAGUUUAAAGAUCAUGAAAAAAUGAUACCUGUACCUCAAGAUGCUACACUUGGUGAAAAAAUUAUUAGGCUCGUGGCAGAAGAUACAUUAGACUUUGGAAUUAAUGCUAAAAUUGAGUAUUUGAUCAUAGGUGGCAAUGGAACAAAUUACUUUUCAGUAGACAAAGAAAAUGGAUGGAUAGUUGUAAGUAAACAAUUUUAUUACACUGGCCAAUAUUAUGACCUUGAAGUAAAAGCCGUUGAUCGUGGAGUUCCUCCACAAUCUGAUGAAACAAAACUGACCUUUGUCGUCACAGGUGAAAAUAUUUAUAGUCCUAGAUUCACUGCGUUAAGUUAUCAAGUAAUCGUGCCAGAAAACGAACCUACUGGCUCAUCUAUUUUAACACUGAAUGCAAAUGAUGAAGAUGAAGGUCCCAAUGGUAUCGUGCGAUAUACUAUUACAUCAGGCAAUGAGGGUAAAGAGUUUUACGUAGAUCCAGUCUCCGGUACAAUAAGUAUUUUACGUCCUCUAGACUACGAUGAAAUUCAGGAAUACCGCCUGAAUAUCACCGCUAAGGAUCUAGGAUUUAAACCAAAAGAAACAACGGCUACUGUAACAAUAAUUUUAACAGACAUAAAUGAUAACGCUCCUCAGUUUAAUCAAUCAAAAUACAUCGCUUAUUUACCAGAAAAUUCACCCAUAAAAAGUUUUAUUUUCAAAGUGCAGGCGGUGGAUAUUGAUUCUCCUAAGAAUGCCAUUAUAAAAUAUCAUAUACAAAAAACAGAAAUGAUGUCAUUAUUUCAUAUAGAUCAAAACACUGGUGAAAUUUUUUCUAAUGAGGUUUUUGAUUAUGAAGAAAAAUCUGUUUAUAAUUUAGAAAUAAUGGCUGAAAAUCCUGAUACUGUUAUGAGAAAUACAACUGAAGUAAUUGUACAUAUAACUGGUGUAAACGAGUACUAUCCUAGGUUUAUUCAACCUGUUUUUCACUUCGAUGUCUCAGAGUCAGCUGAAGUAGGAGCAAACGUUGGUGUUAUUCAAGCUACUGACCAGGAUAAUGGGGAGGAUGGUAUAAUUUACUACCUAUUUGUCGGGUCUAGUAACGAUAAAGGAUUUAGUAUUAAUUCGCAGACAGGAGUAAUAAGAGUUGCUAGAUAUUUAGACAGAGAAACACAGAAUAGAGUUGUAUUAACAGUAUUGGCAAAGAAUUCGGGAGGCAUACAUGGAAAUGAUACAGAUGAGGCGCAAGUUAUAAUAUCUAUACAAGACGGUAACGAUCCGCCAGAAUUCCUACGGCAUUAUUACGAGGCAACGAUUUCAGAAGGUGCUAGUAUUGGUCAAGAAGUUAUACAAGUUAAGGCGAUUGAUAAAGAUGUACGACCCCAAAAUAAUCAAUUCAGUUUCUCUAUAAUAGAAGGAAAUACAAAUCAAAGUUUUAAAAUUGACCCACAGAGUGGAGAAAUUGAAGUUGCGAAAAAAUUAGAUAGAGAAACUUUACCGGUAUACUCACUUGUUAUUGGUGCUAUUGAUACAGGUACACCACCACAAACAGGUAUGACUACAGUUAAAAUAACUUUAACAGAUAUAAAUGAUAACGGACCUGUCUUCGAUAUCGAUAAUUUCGAUGGAGCUGUAUAUGAAAAUGAACCACCUAAUACAAGUAUCACAACACUAUCUGCAAAAGAUCCAGAUUUACCACCAAACGGUGCACCGUUUUCAUAUACUAUUGUUGGGGGUAAACAUGAAAGCUAUGUUAAAGUUCACAAGCAUAGUGGAGUUCUACAAACCACGAAAAAAAUCGAUAGGGAAAUAACACCACAUUUAGAUGUUAAAAUUCAAAUUGAAGAUAGUGGUACACCAGUCAUGUAUUCCAACUACACAAUACGAAUAAAAGUAUUAGAUAGAAAUGACAAUCCUCCCACCCCCAGAUCUGUUCACGUUUUGGUUCAUGCGUUUAACAAUGAAAUACCAUCAGGAAAAAUAGCAGACGUGAAACCUAACGAUCUAGAUAUUGUAGGCGAUUACAAAUGCAAAAUUAUUAAAGACCUGUCUGAUAGCACGCUAUCGAUAUUUAGUAUAAGAAGAGGAUGUGAUCUAUAUACAAACGCUAUAAAACCUGGACAGGGUUAUUCAUUUUCAGUAUCUGGUAAUGAUGGUAUACAUAGGGAAGUUAUAUCGUCGAUAAGUGUUGAGUACUUUUCAUUCGAUAAUAACACUGUCGAACAAUCAGUAACAAUGAGUAUAUCAAAUAUGACAUCUUCAGAUUUUCUAACACAUUACUACAGAAUAUUAUUAGAAAUUUUAAGAGAUGGGAUAAAAAAUAAAGAAAAUAUUUAUCUCUAUAGUAUAAAUGAAGUAAAAGAAAAUAUAUACCUAACAAUAGCCAUUAGAGAUGCAAGUUCUGUCUGGAAAAAAGAAAACACUCAGUAUUAUAUUAAAUCAAAAGAGUCAGAAAUUCGCAAAGUAUUAAAAAGACAAGUUAUAAUACCGUAUUAUCCUUGCGCUACUCAUCAGUGUCAAAAUGACGGCAUUUGUACAGACUCAAUCAAUGUAUUGGAAGGUACAAAAAUUACUGAAAGUGCUACAUUAAUAUUAUCAUCACCCCUUGUACGUCACGAUUAUAUUUGUCACUGUACCGAAAGAUUUAUAGGCAACAAUUGUGAAAAACGACAGGAUCCUUGUUCACCUAACCCAUGUCAGUUCGGUGGACAAUGUCGCAAGCAAGGUCAUGAUUUUGUAUGCUCGUGUCCAUCAAGGCGUGAAGGCAAAACUUGUGAGUUAGAAAGAGACGAUGUUUGUAGUAGCAAUCCAUGCAAAAAUGGUGGUUCAUGUAAGGAAAGCACGGAUAGAAAUUCUUUCUUCUGUUUAUGUCGUCCAGGUUACCGUGGUAACCAAUGUGAAGCUUUAGUAGAUUCUUGUAGACCUAACCCGUGUAUGCACGGAGGAAUUUGCAUAAGUCUUAAGCCUGGAUACAGAUGUAGCUGCACGAACGGUCGAUAUGGUACACAUUGUGAUAGUUCAACAUUUGGUUUUAACGAUUUGUCUUUUAUGCAGUUUCCUGCUUUAGAUGCAUCAACAAAUGAUAUAACUAUUAUAUUUGCAACUACUAAGUCAGAUGCUUUACUAUUAUAUAAUUAUGGUGCACAAACUGGAGGCAGAUCAGACUUUAUUGCAAUAGAAUUGCUCGGUGGCAAGCCAGUCUUUUCCUUCGGGGGAGCACGAACUUCUAUAACAUCUGUAGCUUUAAUGAACACUGAUAAAAAUCUUGCUGAUGGAAAUUGGUACAAAUUAACGGCCACAAGAAAUGGUCGUGUUAUAUCACUUAGUAUAGCUUCUUGUACUGACCAUGGUGAUGUUUGUACGGAUUGUGAUCCUGGAGAUGAUUCUUGUUACGACGAUGACACAGGACAAGCAGGAACGUUAAACUUCAAUAACGAACCGCUGUUGAUAGGUGGACUUCAUAAGGCUGACCCAGUUUUAGAAAGACCAGGACAAAUUCAUUCCGAUGACUUUGUUGGAUGUAUGCAUAGUAUAACAAUAAAUGGACGUGUGUUGAAUUUAACAAAUCCCUUAAAAUCACGCGGCGUUGAGCCUUAUUGUGGGCGAAAAGAGAAAGGAGCAUGCUAUAAAGAAGAUAUAUGUGGUACUGGAGAAUGUUUUGACACCUGGAAAACUCAUUAUUGUAAAUGUGACAAUAGUUUAAUUUCACCUGACUGCUCAAAUUCACUCCAAAGUGUCUCUAUAAGUGAAAAUGGAUUUAUAUCGUAUGUAAUUUCAGAAAAACAUAGGAGAAUGCAAUUACUCGAUUCUUUUUAUGGUGGAAGUACAAUAUGGGAUAGAAAAACUGUAAAAGGAAUAGGAAAGAUAAAUAGAUCUAAUAAUCCUGUCAAAUUUUUGUCAUUUUUCUUUAAAACACACAAAAAGGAUGGAGUUUUGUUUUAUGCUGCUACUGACAAAUACUAUACGCUAAUAGAGUUAUUGAGAGGAAAAGUGAGUUACAUUUCUAAGCAAAAUGCUAUGGUAAAUAUGAGUCAAACUGAGCAAGUCGAUGUUGCUGAUGGGAAUUGGCACAACAUAACAUUAAUAGCUCAUGGCCGUAGUAUAAGAUUAAUAGUGGAUAGUAAAAAUGUUGGAGAGGAAUUAGAUACUGCUGGGGUUCAUGAUUUUCUAGAUCCUUAUCUAACAACUAUAUCUUUAGGUGGCAUUAAAGCAGAAUUUAUUUCAGCUUCUAAUAAGUUUGAAGGAUGCAUAGCUAAUUUUACUAUUAAUAAGGAGGUCCAGCCGUUUGUAGGUAAUGGAAGCAUUUUCAAAGAAGUAAUAAAAACAGGAAAGAUUCUCACUGGUUGCCAUAGUGCAUUUGGUGUUGGAAUAGCUCAAAAUCCAGACCCUUUAAGUAUAGGGAUCACUCUUGUCAUAUCGUUCUUCAUAGUACUAAUUGUGGCCAUUUUUGUAUCUUUUGUUGUAUUUCGGCUACGUAAGCAAAAGAAAGAAAAAGAUACAGUCACGGUUGGAAAAAGUAAUAUGGUACAUACAAAACAGAAUGGAGGUCCAGCCAUGCUCAACGCACCUAAUUUAAUAGCUGGAACGAAUGACAGCAUAAUGAACAGAAAUGCCCACAAUAAUGAAACUAGUCUUAAUAGUUAUAUUAAUGAUAAUGCAGAUAUAAUGCGUAACGUUGGCCACAUUGUUGGACCUGAAUUACUUUCGAAAAAAUACAAAGAUCGAGAAAUAAUGAACUUAGAUGCUCCAAGACCUCAGCGACCUGAUAUUAUAGAACGCGAAGUUGUCGGUAAAAGUCCAGCCAUUAGAGAAGACCACCAUCCUUUACCACCUCCUUCAUCAAAUAAUUCUCAUCAUACUCAUGACCACCCAAAUGGAUUGGAUAUUAAUUCUGAAGUACCCGAACAUUAUGAUCUAGAAAAUGCAAGUUCAAUAGCACCUUCCGAUAUAGACAUUGUUUAUCAUUAUAAAGGAUUCCGUGAAGCUAGUGGCGUGAGGAAAUAUAAAGCGACACCUCCGCCAAUUGCUGGAUAUCACCAUAAACAUCAAACUCCUCAGCAUAGACAUUCUCCACACCACCCAAGUGCCUAUCCACCUCGAGUUCUUUCCCAGACAUCACAACAUCCUCCUCAAGCAAGGCAACAUCAGACCACACCAUUAGCCAGAUUAUCACCAAGCAGUGAAUUAAGUCAACAGCCAAGAAUACUAACUCUUCAUGAUAUAUCAGGAAAACCGCUUCAAAGUGCGCUUUUGGCUACAACCUCUAGUUCAGGUGGCGUGGGUAAAGAUGCGUUACAUAGUAAUAGUGAACGGAGCUUAAAUAGUCCUGUUAUGUCACAGUUAAGUGGGCAAAGUUCAUCUGCUGGAAGAAAAACUCCUAGUGCUACGCCACAGGUUUCACAGGUUGUAUCUGUAGGUUCUGGUCUUACAGCAGAAGAAAUUGAAAGGAUGAAUGCUAGACAACGAACUUCCAGUCUAGUAUCAACACUUGACGCCGUUUCAAGCUCAAGUGAAGCGCCUCGAGUUGGAAGUGUUGGACACCAUAUGUCUCAUAGACAUCACUCACCGCCUGUUGACAAUAGGAGCUCUACCGGCUCGGAUGAUGAAAGUGGAAACGAUAGUUUUACCUGUUCUGAAAUAGAAUAUGAUAACAAUAGUAUUAGUGCUGAUAAACCAGAAGAUGUAAGAAGACCAAAUGCUACAAGUGGAAAUAAUAAUAAGAAACCUAUCCUGCCCUAUGAAAGUUUUGAUUCUUCAUUUCGAGGUUCGUUGAGUACUCUUGUUGCUUCAGAUGAUGACCUAGCUCCACACGUAAGUUCAGCUUUGUAUAGACAGGCCAAUGGGUCGCCAGCCCCAUUAGGAUGGGACUACCUAUGGGGACCAAAUUUCGAAAGUAUGAUUGGCGUUUUCAAAGAUAUUGCUGAGCUGCCUGAUUCAGUAAAUGGGCGAAUGUCAUCCUCGCUGAGGCUUCCAAAUGGAACACCGAAACCGUCCGAGGAAUACGUUUAGAUUAAAACGAUGUUAUCAUUGUAAAUACUCUAAUAUUUAGAUUUAAAAAUAUUGUACAAAGUUGUUUGGAUCUUGUAUCAAGGUCCAUAUAAUUUCCUUCUUCUUGCCAUAUUUUGUUGAAUGUAUAGGAUAUAAUUAAGCAUUUAUUUUAAAUGAGUUAAUAUCAUGAACCUCAUUGUGUAUAAUUGUCGAAUAUUGUGUAGAUAUUAAUAUCAUAAGACUAUGGAAUAAUUGAUAAGUUGUUUAAACCUCUUAAGAAGACAGUAUAAAAUUAAUGACAGUAAAAUUUAUAAUUGUUAUAAAAAUUAAAUUC